AGGAGGGAGGGGAGCGGAGGAAACAUCUGGCUGCCGCAGCCCGGGCCCGUCUGUGCCGCCGCCGCCGCCGCCGCCGCCGCCGUGCGUGCUCCUGCGCUGCGUGCGCCGGGCUCCCCGCCCCCUCCUGCUCUGCCGGCCCGGGCUGCUCUGGGGCGCUGCCAUGGGGAGCCGCUGAGGCGGUGCAGGGGGGCCACCUUGCUCCCGCCCUCCCCCUUUCCCUCCCCCUCCCGCUCUCGGUGCCCCUCUUGGCAGUCCCUCACUCACUCGCUGCCUCUGGGGCGGGGAGCGAGCGGGACGCCGGGCGGGGGGCACGGGGAGCCCGGAGGGGGGCAGCGGUGGCGGCUGGCGCAGGGAGGAGCGCGGCUGGGACUUGGGGGCCGCUCCAGAGUGUGAGUCCCGACCCUGCCCCUGGUUAUGAAGACAGCAUGGAGUUUCCUGACCAUAGUAGGCAUUUGCUACAGUGUCUGAGCGAGCAGAGGCAUCAGGGUUUUCUUUGUGACUGCACUGUUCUGGUAGGAGAUGCCCAGUUCCGAGCACAUAGAGCUGUAUUGGCUUCAUGCAGCAUGUAUUUCCACCUAUUUUACAAGGACCAGCUGGACAAAAGAGACAUUGUUCAUCUGAACAGCGACAUUGUUACAGCCCCAGCUUUCGCUCUCCUGCUUGAAUUCAUGUAUGAAGGGAAACUCCAGUUCAAAGACUUACCCAUUGAAGACGUGUUGGCAGCUGCCAGUUAUCUCCACAUGUAUGACAUUGUUAAAGUCUGCAAAAAGAAGCUAAAAGAAAAAGCCACCACAGAGGCAGACAGUACAAAAAAGGAAGAAGAUGCCUCGAGUUGUUCGGACAAAGUGGAGAGCCUCUCUGAUGGCAGUAGCCACAUGGCAGGAGAUAUACCCAGUGAUGAAGAUGAAGGGGAAGAUGAGAAACUGAGCAUCCUGCCUAGCAAAAGGGACUUGGCAUCUGAACCUGGGAACAUGUGGAUGAGAUUGCCCUCGGACUCAGCAGGCAUUCCCCAGAGUGGCGGCGAGGCAGAGACACACACAACAGCAGCUGGAAAAACAGUAGCCAGCCCCUGUAGCUCAACAGAGUCUUUGUCCCAGAGGUCUGUCACCUCCAUGAGGGAUUCAGCAGAUGUUGACUGUGUCCUGGACUUGUCUGUCAAGUCCAGUCUUUCUGGAGUUGAGAAUUUGAACAGUUCUUAUUUCUCUUCACAGGACAUGAUUAGAAACAACCUGGUGCAGGUGAAGGUGGAGAAAGAGGCUUCCUGUGAUGAGAGUGACGUUGGCACUAAUGACUAUGACAUGGAACAUAGCACUGUGAAAGAAAGUGUGGGCACUAAUAACAGGGUACCAUAUGAGCCAGCCCAUUUGGCUCCUAUGAGGGAAGAUUCUGUUUUGAGGGAGCUAGAUAGGGAGGACAAAGCAAGUGAUGAUGAAAUGAUAACUCCAGAGAACGAAAGAGUUCAGGUGGAAGGGAAUAUGGACAGCAGUCUGCUCCCCUAUGUCUCAAACAUACUUAACCCUGCAGGCCAAAUUUUUAUGUGUCCCCUCUGCAACAAAGUUUUUCCUAGCCCCCACAUUCUACAGAUUCACUUAAGUACGCACUUUCGAGAGCAGGACGGGAUCCGCAGCAAGCCUGCUACUGAUGUCAAUGUCCCGACCUGCUCCUUGUGUGGUAAGACUUUUUCUUGCAUGUACACUUUGAAGCGUCAUGAGAGGACUCAUUCAGGUGAAAAACCCUACACUUGCACCCAGUGUGGAAAGAGCUUCCAAUACUCCCACAAUCUCAGCCGCCAUGCUGUAGUUCACACACGGGAGAAGCCGCAUGCUUGUAAGUGGUGUGAGCGCAGGUUCACACAGUCUGGAGACCUUUACAGACACAUUCGGAAGUUUCACUGUGAGUUGGUGAACUCAUUGUCUGUCAAAAGUGAAGCACUGAGCUUACCUACUGUCAGAGACUGGACAUUAGAAGAUAGCUCGCAAGAACUUUGGAAAUAGAAUUUUUAUAUAUAUUAUAUAUAUAUAUAUAAAUCUAUAUAGUUGUGGUACAGUCUAAAAGCAGUCUUGUUUCCUUGAGCUGAAAGUUUGGCCAUUAGCUUGUUUUUUGCACUUUAAGGCGGCAUGAACAUUUCACUACUUUAGUGCUCUAGUGGUAUGAACUAUAGAAAUGAGACUAAUAAAAGUAAAAAAAAUUCCCCUUGUUUCUCCAUCAAGUAAGUACUUCUUUUAAACAAAAACUACAAAUGAACAAGUGUGAUUAUUAGGUUUUGUUUAACCUUACUGCAUCAUUUCAAACUCAAUUUUAAAAAGACAGAUCUCCUCCAGUGUGUUACCAAAUUGUUUACAUUUUAAAAACUGCAUGCAUCUUUUCUAACUGUGGGAAACCUGAAUGCUUUUAGACCCAAAUGGUAAAUUUCUGAAAUGCUGGAGUAUCUAUUUUUAAAUAAGCAGCUAAGAUAUUAUUCUAACUUGUGUAUUACAACAGUUCCCAAUUAAAAACAAACACAGAUUUUCAAAAAUACACUGGAAUUGCUGGACUGUGUGAAGUGUGCUUGGGAUGAAAAAGGAUGUUGCAGCUUCAGCAGUUGCGAACUGUGCAUUUAAAAAUGUGAAUUACUGUUGUAUACUGUAAUUGAUUAAAUGGGCUGGGGGGGUGUCAAGGAAAUUGACAAGUUGUGUUAACGCUCUCAGUUGAGUCUUGAAAAGUAAAUAUUAACGCUAUGGAAAUGCAUGCGUUUCAGUAUAUUUUUGUCUUUGUUUGCAUUGUAUAACUUCAAUGAGUGAGUUUUAAAACUUAUUUAAUUUUUGUAGGAAAAAAACACCACUGGAAAAAUUGGUGUUAUGAAGAACAUAAAUGCACUGUCUUUUAUUUUAUAUAAUUUAAGUUAAUUGCCCACUGUCUUUUAAGUUGAACAAAAGCUACAUGUUGAUUUAGCUAUGUAAAGGAAGAUAGUAAUGUUUACAAACAGGCUUAGAGAUUUGCAUGUGCAGUGUACAUUUAUCAAAAAAACCUGAUUGCACAAAACCCAUGCCA